AUGGAUUGCAAGCGCAUUUACUUCCGAAGCUUCUUUUUACGUGCAACCGAAGCACAGUGCGAAAAUAUUCGUGAUAAAGUUUUUGGUUUGCAUAGUUGUGCUCAUGAUUGUCGCAAACAAGGUAUACCUGUCGAUCAUGAAAUCUCAAUUCUCGAGAAAUGCUCAAGCAUUCUGAGCCCUCAUUUCUCUGAACAUCAUUCACCACCAUUUUACACGGCUAGACAUACCACAGCCACUCUUCACAGACUCUUGAAUGCGCCGCAGCCAGACAAAUAA